CAAUCGAGACGUUUCCUUUCACGAGCUUAUAAAGGGUCUUAACUCCAUCGCGGACCAUCAUUCGAACAGCGUCAAGGACAGGAAAAUUCUGCAGGAUGACUCGUGGAAUUCCAGACUUCGUUGCAGCAGCAGCUGUGGUCUUUGCCUCGAUUCUGGCCUGUGAAUGUAUCACAGGUGGCGAAGAAGCGACCGCGCACUCUAGACCCUACAUGGCAUCGCUUCAGUUAAAUAAAGAUAGCAAUUAUAAGCAUGAAUGCGGUGGAUUCCUGGUGGCAGAGCAGUGGGUCAUGACUGCCGCUCACUGUGUGCUUGAAGGGAAAGAUGGGAUGAGGAUAGUUUUAGGGGCACAUUCCUUGACCGAAGCUGAUGAUCUGAAGCAGAAUUUUGCCGUUGCUGAAGUUUUCAGUCACACUGAGUUCAACCGCGAUAACUAUGACAACGACAUUGCUUUGCUCAAGCUGGAUCGCGCCGCGCUCCUGAGCGACGCGGUGAAGACCCUGCAGCUCCAGCGGGACGGGGGGGCGGACCCGCAGACCGACGACGUGGUCAGCACGGCCGGCUGGGGCUCCAGGAACAACAUGGGCUCCCGGCCCGACAAGCUGCAGGAGGUGGACAUCAAGGUCAUGCGCCGGAACCUGUGCGGCCGCAGCGACUACUACGGGAAGGGCUUCACCGACAACCUGAUGUGCGCUUCUGAGAAGCGCAAGGACACCUGUGACGUAGGUCUCCUCCUCCAGUCUCCUCCUAUACUCUCUCCACCAGGUCUCCUCCUCCAGUCUCCUCCUAUCCUCUCCACCAGGUCUCCUCCUCCAGUCUCCUCCUAUCCUCUCUCCACCAGGUCUCCUCCUCCAGUCUCCUCCUAUCCUCUCUCCACCAGGUCUCCUCCUCCAGUCUCCUCCUAUCCUCUCCACCAGGUCUUCUCCUCCAGUCUCCUCCUAUCCUCUCCACCCGUUCUCCUCCUCCAGUCUACUCCUAUCCUCUCCACCAGGUCUCCUCCUGCAGUCUCAUCCUAUCCUCUCCACCAGGUCUCCUCCUCCAGUCUCCUCCUAUCCUCUCCACCAGGUCUUCUCCUCCAGUCCCCUCCUAUCCUCUCUCCAUCAGGUCUCCUUCUCCAGUCUCCUCCUAUCCUCUCCACCAGGUCUCCUCCUCCAGUCUCCUCCUCCAGUCCACUCUCCACCAGUCACUCUCGCCGUAGACUUUCUCCACCCACACACUGAUACGUAUCUGAACUGAUCUUUGUCGUCGGCCGAAUCGCGUUGAUUUCUCCCCACCAGUACUGUCAUGUCAAUGGGUGUCAAUGAUGCCAAUGAGAGCUAGAAAAACCAAAUGGAUUACAGAGGGCUGUAGACAAGCGAUCGUUCCCCCCUCCCCCCCCAUCACUCUACUCCUCCUCUUCCUUCUUCCUCUCCCUUCUUUUCUCUUCGGUCUCUCGUGGCGCUGAUCGUGGGCCUUUGUUUUCUCUCCUUCUCCAGGGCGACUCUGGCGGUCCCCUCCUCU